AUGGCAGGAUCUACACAUGAUGCCCGAGUAUUGGCGACCGCGAUACGAGAGGAUCCGAUGUAUGACAUCGCAACACAGAGAAGUGUUAUAUUCGCUACAAUGGGUCUGCAUAAUUUUAUUCGUCAAAACAAUAUUCAAGACUCUGACUUUGACAAUAUCGGUAACGAAAAUGAUGUUGUACAAGCUGAACAUAUUGAAAAUGAAGACCAGGAGAACAAUGAUGGUGUUAGAGUUGAAGAAGCAUCAGAAGCAGGAGCAUAUAUGCGGAUAGUUCGUGAUCAAAUUGCUGAGCAAAUAUGGUCCGAAAAUCGACGUGGACCGCGCCGUCGUCAUUAG